AUGGACUUCUAUCAGGUGAACCUGGCCAUCUUAGUCGUUGCAAAUUUGUCUUCUUUCAUCUAUUCUCAUCGCUCUCAUAUCCACAAGCAGCGGCGUUGUGGUGUUCCACGAGAUGAUGAAGCUGAAGCAGUUGCUGCCAAGUUUCAACGGAAGUUCCUCUUCGUCUAUGCUUUGGUGGUCGCAGCCGAUUGGCUUCAAGGUCCCUACACAUAUGCGAUUUACAAAUACGAAAAGCAGCUCGAAGAACAUACCGUCGCACUUUUGUACGCCUCGGGGUUUGUUUCUGGCGCUGUGAGCGCCCCCUUUGCAGGACAGCUCGCGGAUCACUAUGGAAGGCGGGCUGCCUGCGUUGCAUAUUGCAUCUGCUACGGGAUUACAUGCCUUACGAUGCUUAGUCGCAAUCUCUACGCCCUAUACUUCGGCCGCUUCUUUGGAGGCAUAGCAACUACAUUGCUAUUUAGCGUCUUCGAGGCCUGGAUGAUUACCGAGUAUCAUCUAUUGCAGCCUGACGAGAGCAUGGUUUCUCUCAGCCAAGUAUUUGCAAACAUGACCACCACCAGCACCAUCACGGCGAUAUUCUCUGGCAUAAUAGGGAAUGGUCUUGUUCAGAGGUUCGAUUCUCGGCUGGGACCUUUUCUUGCCAGCCUUGUCUGCUGUAUCGGGGCCGGCGUGCUCAUUUUGGUGAUGUGGCGAGAAAACUAUGGCAGUGUCGAUAAGUCGAAGAAAACGCCGGGAGUUCAAAAGCUGAAGCGUCGCAUGCUUGGGGCUCUAACUAACCCCAAAGUUAUUGCUCUGAACUUUGCUUCUUGUUGUUUCGAAGGCCCAAUGUACCUUUUCGUGUUUUUCUGGUCGGCUGCCUUGAAGAGCGUGAGAGUAAAGUCGGGGAAUCAGGACGAGCUCCCCUUUGGUCUCAUCUUCUCGAGCUUCAUGUGCGCCAUGAUGGCCGGAUCGAGAAUUACCGCGAUUCAGGACGCAUUGUAUUCGAAAGACAGCACAUUGAACACGCUCAUGCUCGUAUUUGCCAUAACAUCUGGGGGAUUCGCUGUUUCAACCAUGCUGGACCACGAGUAUAUGCUCUUUUGGGCAUUCUGUGUCGUUGAAGGCUGUGUGGGCGCAUAUUUUCCGAAAAUGGCCCUCUUGAAAAGCAACAUAGUGGACGACUAUGCGCGAGGUGGAGUCUAUAGUGCUCUUAGGCUGCCUUUGAAUAUUUUCGUGGUUGUCGUACACAGCCUCGACCGUGACGGUGAUGAACAUAGGAAUUCUGUUUUCUUAUUCUGCGCGGGCCUUUUGUUGGCUGCAUUUCUCAUCAUCUCGGGACAAGCCUGA